AUGAAGUACGCUUUCAUUGCCGGUCUACUGGCAGUCGCCGGCGUCAAUGGCGCAAGGACUUCCUUCGUCAUGCCUGAGGAUGGAGGCGAGACUGUUGAGCACCUUCGCCGCGUGCCUGAGGGCUGGAGCGACGUAGGAGCGCCCUCGGCAGACCAUAAGAUGCAUUUCCGCGUUGCGGCCGACAGCUCUCUGCUCGAGCGCACGCUCAUGGACGUCUCUUCUCCCAGCUCUCCGAACUACGGCCAGCACUUGAAGCGUAGCGAGCUCAAGGACCUCAUCAAGCCGCGCGCAGAGUCUUCAGAUGCCGUCCUCAGCUGGCUCCAGGCUUCCGGUAUCGAGUCGAGAGAUAUUGCGAACGAUGGCGAGUGGAUCAGCUUCCGCGCGCCUGUUAAGCGCGCCGAGGAGAUGAUGGGUGCAAAGUUCAGUACUUACCAGAGCAAGACCCGACGGGACGUGAAGAAGGUGCGCUCAUUGAGCUACUCGGUUCCCAAGGAGAUUCGCCGCCAUAUCGACAUGAUCCACCCCAUCACUCGUUUCGGUCAGCUUCAGCCUGAGCGUAGCCAGGUCUUCACUCAGGGAUCGGCUGUCAGGACUGCGGCUGUUAAUGCUACCUGCAACACGACUGUGACUCCCAGCUGUCUUGCAGACCUUUACAAGUUUGCCGACUACGAGGUCGACGCAAGUGCGCCAGUGUCUAUUGGUGUCAACGGCUUUCUUGAGCAAUAUGCCCGUUACUCUGACUUUGUGAAGUUCACUUCCACAUACGCACCGAAGGCUGCGGGAACCAACUUCACUUACACUCUUGUUGCUGGUGGCUUGAACGACCAGAACUCGACAGAUGACAGUGUCGAGGCCAACCUGGACAUUCAGUACACGGCAGGCCUUGUCGGCCCCAACAUUAAGACCAGCUUCUUCAGCACCGCGGGUCGUGGUAGCCAUAUUCCUGAUCUGGAUCAGCCAAGUGCAGCCGACAACGAGAACGAGCCCUAUAUGGAGUUCUUCACAUACCUCCUUAGCCUCGAGAACGAGAAGCUUCCAUCUGUUUUGUCCACGUCGUAUGGGGAGAGCGAGCAAUCUGUCGGCGCCCCGUACGCUAACAAGGUUUGUGAUAUGAUCGGUCAGCUUGGUACUCGCGGUGUAUCUGUGAUCUUCUCCAGCGGCGACACCGGCCCAGGAUCAGCCUGCCAGACCAACGACGGCAAGAACACGACUCGUUUCCAGGCCAUCUUUCCUGCAUCUUGCCCAUAUGUUACAUCUGUUGGCGGCACCUUCAACGUCCAGCCAGAGCGGGCCGUCUACUUCUCCUCAGGCGGAUUCUCAGACUUCUGGAAGCGGCCCGCAUACCAGGACAAGGCUGUCACCAACUACCUCAAGCGCCUCGGAAGCCAGUGGGAUGGUCUCUACAACGCCGCUGGCCGUGGUUUCCCGGACGUUGCGGCGCAAGGUCUUGGAUUCCGCGUCGUCGAUAAGGGCGUCACGGUGCCUGUCGGAGGAACCAGUGCAUCCGCGCCCGUCUUCGCAUCGGUUGUUGCACUGCUCAACAACGCCCGGAAAGCUGCUGGCAUGUCACAGAUGGGUUUCUUAAACCCCUGGAUUUACACAGUGGGCUACCAGGGUCUCAACGACAUCGUCAACGGAGGCUCAACGGGCUGCGUGGGCCGUAGUAUUUACUCGGGCCUGAAAUCACCGCGCGUGCCUUAUGCAUCAUGGAAUGCGACGGUUGAGUGGGAUCCCGUGACUGGACACGGUACACCGGAUUUCGAGAAGCUGCUGCGUCUUGCGACAGGCAGUGGAUACGGCACUGGGCGUCGUAGUCUUGCGGGCAAGGUCUAG